CUGGGGCCCGGCUGGUGUACUGCUCGGAGCAAUGGAACCAGCCUUCGGGGAGGUGAACCAGCUGGGAGGAGUGUUCGUGAACGGGAGGCCGCUGCCCAACGCCAUCCGGCUUCGCAUCGUGGAACUGGCCCAACUGGGCAUCCGACCGUGUGACAUCAGCCGCCAGCUACGGGUCUCACACGGCUGCGUCAGCAAGAUCCUGGCGCGCUACAACGAGACAGGCUCAAUCUUGCCAGGAGCCAUCGGGGGCAGCAAGCCCCGGGUCACCACCCCCACCGUGGUGAAACACAUCCGGACCUACAAGCAGAGGGACCCCGGCAUCUUCGCCUGGGAGAUCCGGGACCGCCUGCUGGCAGACGGCGUGUGCGACAAGUAUAACGUGCCCUCGGUGAGCUCCAUAAGCCGCAUUCUGCGCAACAAGAUCGGCAACUUGGCCCAGCAGGGCCAUUACGACUCAUACAAGCAGCACCAGCCAGCACCGCAGCCUACGCUGCCCUACAACCACAUCUACUCGUACCCCAGCCCCAUCACGGCGGCGGCCGCCAAGGUGCCCACGCCACCCGGGGUGCCCGCCAUCCCAGGUUCGGUGGCCAUGCCGCGCACCUGGCCCUCCUCGCAUUCCGUCACCGACAUCCUGGGCAUCCGUUCCAUCACCGACCAAGUGAGCGACAGCUCCCCCUACCACAGUCCCAAAGUGGAGGAGUGGAGCAGCCUGGGCCGCAACAACUUCCCUGCCGCGGCCCCGCACGCGGUGAACGGGCUGGAGAAGGGAGCCUUGGAGCAGGAAGCCAAGUACGGCCAGGCACCAAAUGGUCUCCCAGCUGUGAGCAGUUUUGUGUCAGCCUCCAGCAUGGCUCCCUACCCUACCCCAGCCCAAGUGUCACCUUACAUGACCUACAGCGCUGCUCCUUCUGGUUAUGUUGCAGGACAUGGGUGGCAACACGCCGGUGGCACCCCACUGUCCCCCCACAACUGUGACAUUCCCGCGUCACUGGCAUUCAAGGGAAUGCAGGCAGCCAGAGAAGGUAGUCAUUCUGUCACCGCCUCUGCACUCUGA